AUGUACAAUAUCCGUAUAAAACCCAAGCCUAACCAGCUGACAUUGCAGACCGCAGCCCUCUGCAAGAUGACAAAUGCCAUUUGCGAGUCGAGGAACGAGUCGUGGGUCACCAUCGAGAAGUGCCGACUGCGUGCAGUUAGCCGCACCAAAACACCGCUAACCAUUGAGAUAAUGGUCCUUUAUCCAGCCUAUAACAUACACGUUAAUGCCCAGCUACUGAAGAAGGCCAACGGCUAUAAGCCCUGGCUGGUCAACUAUACGGCCGAUGCGUGUGCCUUUAUGCGCCGUGCCAAUCAUCCCUUUAUCAAAAUCAUCUAUGAUCUGAUCAAGGAGUAUUCGACAAUCAAUCACACGUGCCCCUAUGUGGCCAGGCAGAUGCUCAGAGAUUUUAUCGUUGACCCGGCAAAAUUGAUGCUGCCAUUGCCAAGCGGAGAAUAUCUGCUGCUGCUCACCUGGAUGUUCAAUAAAAAGCCGCAGUUUGUGACAAACGUUUACUUUACAUUUAAAGAUUAA